AUGGCGUCAGGAAUCCCAUAUACCCCCAAGCCUGCUACCGACAUAUUUACCCCAUAUCAAACCGACAUCGACCGACGACAAUGCAAACGAAUCGUGCCGAUGAGAGUGCUGGCACUCGGCCUGGGAAGGACGGGUACAGCCUCGUUAAGGGCAGCCCUGAAAGAGCUGGGUUACACAGACACCUACCACAUGAUGUCCGCUAGUGUUGAGAAUCCACCUGAUUGUCUCUGCUGGAUGGACGCUUUUGCUGCAAAGUAUGAGGGCAAGGGAAAGUUUGGCCGUGAGGAGUGGGAUGCGCUCCUGGGUCAUUGUCAGGCAGUCUGCGACUGGCCUGCAGUUGCCUUUGCCAAAGAGUUGAUCGAGGCGUACCCAGACGCCAAAGUCAUCAUUACAACGAGAGACGUGGAUUCGUGGCAUAACUCGGUCAUGAAAACGGUCAAUUGGCGCGCAAACGACCCUGAACUCAAGGCUGUGGCCAACUUUGACUGGGCGGCCGGGCUGUACCACCCCAUGCUACGCAAAUUCUGGAAGUAUUUCUUUUACGACGACUUUGAAAACCAGGGGAAGCAAAGAUUCCACGACUACUAUAGGGAGAUCCGAGAACUGGUGCCACCGGGCAAAUUGCUCGAGUACCGUGUCAGUUCUGGCUGGCGACCCUUGUGCGAGUAUCUCGGCGAGCCCAUCCCCGAUAAGCCAUUCCCAAGAUCCAAUGACGCGGAGAACUUCGUGCAACGAUGCAGAACACAGAACCGCAAGCAGAUGAUGAAUGUUAUCUUCCGGGCCCUUGUUGUUGGAGUACCUGUGGUUGCCACGGCUCUGUCGGCGACCUUUGCCUGCACCCACUACCUACCCAAGUUUACCGCGAACACACCACUUUGGACGGCUGCCUCUUGA